CAGACUCUUUUCUUUAGUGUCGCUCGCCUGUCAGAUGGUCAGUGGUUCAGAUAUGGUGAAAACAUGGACGUCUUCGCUGCAUCUUUACGUUUGUUCUUUGUUUUAGGGUUAUGAUGACAUGAUAUUAGAUUUAUUUCCAGAUCUCUCUAGUGUUUGCUGUUGCAUUUUUGUUUUAAACGUGGACUUUUACUAUGAAUCUAAAUGGAUGCGAUCACAAAAGACGAGGAUCAAGCGUUUCAUGUCCGUUCCAGGAUGGAGGCCUCGUGUCUGGAACUAGCUCUGGAAGGUGAGCGUCUGUGUAAAGUGGGAGAUUACCGUGCGGGCGUCUCCUUUUUUGAGUCGGCCAUCCAGGUGGGCACAGAAGACCUGCAGAUUUUGAGCGCCAUCUACAGUCAGCUGGGAAACGCCUACUUCCACCUGCAUGACUACAACAAGGCUCUAGAAUACCAUCGGCAUGACCUGACGCUCACUAGAACUAUCAGAGAUCAGCUAGGAGAAGCUAAAGCCAGUGGGAACCUUGGAAACACGUUGAAAGUUUUGGGACGCUAUGAUGAAGCAGCAGUUUGUUGCCAAAGACAUCUGGAUAUUUCCAGGAUGCUCCAUGAUAAGGUGGGGCAGGCUCGAGCGCUGUAUAAUUAUGGGAAUGUGUACCACGCCAAAGGGAAGAACAUAUGUUGGAGCGGUAUGGACCCUGGAGACUUUCCCGAGGAGGCACGCAUCGCUCUAAAGAAAGCAACUGAGUACUAUGAAGCGAAUCUGGCCAUUGUGAAGGAAUUGGGGGACAGAGCGGCACAGGGCAGGACUUACGGAAACCUUGGCAACUCGCACUAUUUGCUUGGAAACUUCCAGGAUGCAGUUCUUGCCCACGAGCAGCGUCUCCUUAUUGCGAAGGAGUUUGGAGACCGAGCCGCAGAGCGAAGAGCAUAUUGCAACCUGGGAAAUGCAUACAUAUUCCUUGGGCAGUUUGAAGUUGCAGCUGAACAUUACAAACGGACGCUGCAGUUGGCGCGGCAGUUGAAGGACAGGGCCGUGGAAGCUCAGGCCUGCUACAGUCUGGGCAACACCUACACACUACUGCAGGACUAUGAGAGAGCCAUAGACUAUCACCUCAAACAUCUCAUCAUAGCGCAGGACCUUAAGGACAGGAUCGGAGAAGGGAGGGCGUGCUGGAGUUUAGGGAACGCGUACACCGCACUGGGAAACCACGAGCAGGCCAUGAGCUUCACUGAAAAACAUCUGGAGAUCUCAAAAGAGAUUGGAGACCGCAGCGGGGAGCUGACAGCCAGAAUGAACGUAUCUGAUCUGCAGUUAGUUUUGGGUCUGAAGCAAAACAAUUCAAACCCUAACAGCCCUGCCUUCAUCGAGAGUCCGUCCGCUGACAGCAGUCUGCCUGAUGGAAGAUCCAGAGGAAGCCGUAGACACAGCAUGGAGAACAUGGAGCUCAUGAAACUGACCUCUGACAAAAAUGUGGGGCAGGCCUGUGAGGAGACUACAACACCUCAGCAAGCCAAAUCGCCAACCAAAACUUCCAUAGCCAAGACAUCUUCCAAAAUUUCCUUCAUCAAUCGCUUCAGGAGCAAAAAACACAGGUUGAAUGGUUCAAACUCCAGUCCACCAGCUGAAAAUAACAGCAGUAGCAGUAGCCCAACUUCAGCCCCUCCAGACAUACAGCACGCUCCAGACACUCUAGGUGAAGACGGCUUUUUUGACCUUCUAAGCCGCUUCCAAGGCAGCCGUAUGGAUGAUCAAAGGUGCUCAUUAGAGGACGGCAUAAGCCGUGUUCCCGCCCCUUCCUCUCCCCGUGAAACCCCACCUGUAGCCUUGAGGAAACCUAUUUCCGCACCCGAAGCGGAGGCCUUGGCACAGCCCGGCCAUUUUCUAGACCUGCUGGCCAGCUCGCAGAGCCGUCGGCUGGACGAGCAGCGGGCCAGUGUGAGCAGUCUUCCGGGUUUCCGGCUGGACCAGCGCCACAGCCAGGAUGUUCUCAGCAAACUCAUGGCCACGGCCGAUAGCAAAGAACCGGAUGAAGACUUCUUCGACAUGCUGAUUAAGUGCCAGGGAUCCAGACUGGAUGAUCAGAGGUGUGCUCCUCCUCCACCCCCCACCAGAGGCCCCACAGUCCCAGACGACGACUUCUUCAGCCUCAUCGUUCGCUCCCAGGCCAAACGAAUAGAUGAGCAGCGAGUCAUAUUACCAUCAGACACAAGACAGACCCCUUCAGACCAAUCCUGACUGAUCGGCUCUUUAUGAAGCGAGUGUACUGUUUUAGGACCUUGUAACCUCACUGAAGUCUUACUCCUGAAUCAAUGCCUUGUUGACAAUCAGACCCUACAAGAUGUUUUCCCUUCUCACUUAACAUGAAGAUUUUUGCACGAGGAGAUGCACAAAGUUCUACAACCGUGAUCUGAACUGGAUUCAGAUGUGUUUGUGCAGAACAGAUGCUUAUUCAGAAUCAGACCAAGACCGCAGUCUCUCUCUCAGGGAUUCAGUACAAUGCACUGAAUGCUUUCAUUCACCUGGAUAACUGGAUGGACUUAAUCAGCUGUUACUGGAUGGUAGAUUCAGAUUUCAGACCAUUUUAUAUAUAUAUGUAUAUUUUAACACUAAACUUAGUAUCAGUUCUGUUUUCUUUUGAUUAUUUGACUUGAAAUGUGUUUUAUAUUAUCUUUUAAUACAAGUGAAGCAAUGCUCUAUAUCAAUGUUUUUGAGGUUUUAGAAACCAGUGAUGACAAGCAGUCUGCAAAAGUCUGGAUUUCUGUGAAUAUAAAAGUUUCUGGAAAGGAUUUAAGAAUGUAUUAUUAAUUUUAAAUGACAAGAGGAAUAAAGCCUCAUUUUCAUAGAUACAUCACAUCAGACACAGUUUAGUAUGCUGGGAAUAUUUUAUUUGAUGCUGAAGCUACACAGGACAGAGUAACCAUCACCAUGAAACAAUUAUUUGAAAGCAAUUAAACGAUGAAAAAAAAACUGAAAAGGAAAAAUAAACUUGAUUAUGAUCAAUGAUUA